AUCCUAACAAGCCUGCUUAGCGUGGUUUCACCGAGCAAAUCUACGACAUCUUCCAGCUCCUUCCCCAGUCCACUCAGGUCGUUCUGCUCUCCGCUACCAUGCCCCAGGACGUCCUCGAGGUCACCACCAAGUUCAUGCGUGACCCCGUCCGUAUCCUGGUGAAGAAGCAGGAACUCACCCUGGAAGGUAUCAAGCAGUUCUACAUUGCUGUCGAGAAGGAGGAGUGGAAGCUCGACACCCUCUCCGAUCUCUAUGAGACCGUCACCAUCACCCAGGCCGUCAUCUUCUGCAACACCCGCCGCAAGGUCGACUGGCUUACCGACAAGCUCACCGCCCGUGACUUCACUGUCUCUGCCAUGCACGGUGACAUGGAGCAGUCCCAGCGUGACGUUAUCAUGAAGGAGUUCCGCUCUGGAUCCUCCCGUGUCCUGAUUGCCACUGACCUUCUGGCCCGUGGUAUCGAUGUCCAGCAGGUCUCUCUGGUUAUCAACUACGAUCUGCCCGCUAACCGUGAGAACUACAUUCACCGUAUCGGUCGUGGUGGUCGUUUCGGUCGUAAGGGUGUUGCCAUCAACUUCGUCACUGCCGACGAUGUCCGUAUGAUGCGUGAGAUUGAACAGUUCUACAGCACCCAGAUCGAGGAGAUGCCCAUGAACGUUGCUGGUAAGUGCACCCGGACCCUAAGACUGUUGCAGGAUGCAUGCUGACCCAUUGCCUUAGACCUCAUCUAAAUUCCCUAACCUCCGAGCCACCUAAUGUCUGUCGAUGCGGAUAACGAAUGCAGUUGCCAAUAACGUUCCAAGGGUCAGUUGCGGUGGGAAAAGACUUGUUUUUGACAUCGUUGCAGCUUCUCUUGGUAAAGGAGAACCCUUCAA